CAGGACGUGUCCGUAUCGUUCGAAUAGAUAUAACAUCGGCACUUACUCAGAAGGUUAAGAAAAAUGCAUGGAUUUGUGUGAUGUGGAAGUAUCAUCAUUUCAAAGUCUUAGAGGAAUAACAAAGACCAUGAGAUAAACUCACUUGGAAAUGAACUGAAAACUUCAAGGAAUUAAAAGAUGUGGAUCUACUGCAAUCCAGGAUUUGUUGGAAUUUUACCUCUGGUUUUGGAUAGAAAUUAAAUGCUGUGUGUUUGUGAGUAUGAGCGUAUUAAUGUCUUCCUUAGUUAUAUGGCAUCUAAUCUAAUCUUUCACUUUCAAUGCGUUUAAAUGGAGGACGCAAACCCUGUAUCGGACACUCAGAUCUUGCUGCAGUCCAUGCUUCAAAAGCUGAAGCUUCAACCGAGACCGGAGAGCAUCGGCACACGCACUCAAGCAGAAGUACAGUAUAGUACAACAUCGUCCGAGCAAAAUGGCGAUGGUGCUGAGAGGUCACCUCAAACCCCGCCAAUGUACAAUUUUAAUAUUUCUACGGACAGAUCUACUACGAGCACAGGGCCUGGAUCACUGAAUCCGGGUUCUCCUGGUGUAAGAGCAUCUUUUUUUGAAGAUUUCGCCAAAGGAAUUGACAAAUCAGGAAUGUCAUCUACACCACAACAGAGAACGCCGAAUCAGGUGUUGAUGAGCAACCACACUGUAGCAGGAGGAAACGGUGAUGUUAGUACACACCCAGAUGAUGUUCUGAUGCCUAGGCAAGACAGAAAUCAAAAAUCCUUGGAAUUAAACGUCCAGGGUCAGGAGGUUGGAGAGAGGAAAUGGACGCAGAAGGUGAAGGAAAAAUGGAAGGAGAGACACCAAAACAUUUCCAUAGAAGAAGGAGACGACAAAGGGACACAAGAACAAAGCCAAGUGAGCAUCGGGUCUCCAAUUCCUGUCCAACGUCUUAUGUCUCAUGACAACAACACAACUACAGUCUAUAAUGGGAGACUGGAAGACAGUCUCCAGCAGCAGCCAAUCAACAAUGGUCUAUUCGAAGACAUUCCCAGUCCACUGGAUCACAUGAGUGAGACUUUGUUUUCACCAGGCACGUUUAACCUGAUGGAUGAAAUCUUCACUGGCCAGGAAUGGGCCAAGUACCUCCCAUCCAGCACCAGCAACCAAUCAGCAUCCAGCUUCAUCACACAAGACCAAGAACUGGGAUUAACAAGCAGUAUUAACCAAUCACACCCAAAUGAACAAACCAGGCUCAACCAGUGGAAUUACAGAGGCCCUGAAUUGGGAUUGACACAAUCACAAAUGAACUCUGGAGGUUUUCACACCACUGAAUACCACUUUAACGAAACAAAGAGUCCAGGUAUUGGUGCGGCUUCUAUGUCUGAGUUACACAAUGGCCAGUAUGGACUGUCUGAUUCAGGAUCAAACCAUUUGGAGAGUAUGGAUCUGAGUGUCAGUGCACUGGGAAACAAUUACCCAAUCAGAGAUCAAGUGCAUAUUUAUCCAUAUAAUCAAUUAAAACAGAAACUAAAUGUAGAAUCUAAUCAGCAAAUGAUGGAUCAGUCACAAACACCGGGAAUAAACCACAGCCAAUCUGGAAAUGAGCAUGAUGUUCUCCGCCUGGUGGAUUUAUCAUAUGUUCAGUCCAGAGAAGAUAACUCGUCUCUGAAGAAGAAAACACUCCUGAACCGUAAGCGAAGCUACUCCACAGAGAGGAGAGGAUCAAAUGAGAGAUGCAGGACAGAGACAGAGGAAAUGCACGAGUGGAGACAUAAUCCGCCCACUUCUGAUCCAACACCAAGCCUUUCCCCGGCCUCCUCUACCUCGUCUCUCCAGCACUCUUUAUCCGAGGAGUCGGAUUUGUCAGUGUCUACAGAAAUUGUGAUCAAAAAGAGGCGGGUAGAGAAUGCACGUCGUGUCCGAUUUUCAGAAGUGGUGACCUAUGCACCACCCCUUCUUCUGACUGACGAUGAUGGUGAUGCUGAUGAUGAAGAUUACAGUCAUCAUGACAACACGGCCAAUGAUGUUCGUGAAGAAGAGUCUCCAUCUCGCCUGCUGCCUGUCCCCAGAUGGAUUGAGGCACUUAGGAGUAAGACUAGGAGUAAGACCAAAUUUAAACUUCCACGCAUAAGGACUAAAAAAUAUCGUUUUAUGUGAUAUACAAUAAACUAUAACCUCUACCUAAACCUGAAUAACACUGUUAUGACAACAUACAGUACAGUACUUCUGUACUAUGAGAUAAAACAUGUAAAGAUAACUUACUAUAUCAAUAAAUGUCGUUAUAUUCAUGCUUAUAUAUAAACUUUCUUUUGCCUUCUCACGUCAAUGCUUAUAUAUAGGUAAUAAAAUAAAAAUGAUAUACAAAGUGCAUAUAGUACAAACCCUAAUUAGCCAGUUUUUUAGGAACACAGAUACAUCUGCAAAGUGGGUAUAGUUUAAGAAUUUCAGAAACUGCUAAGUAAAGACUUUGUUAAUGAGAAAGAUCAGUGGGAUUGAGCUGACAGAAAGUAGGAGGUAGGAGUAGCUUGAUGGUUAAAGGUGUUGGACUACUGAUUGGAAGGGUCCUGGGUUCAAAUCCCAGCAUUACCCUGGGCCCUUUAAAAUAACUGAUUUUAAACAAAUGAAACAUGGAAUAAUGUAGGAAGAAACGUGAGAGAUUAAACAAUUUAUUAACUGGUGUGUAUAUAAACCACAUUCAUUGAAAUAGUAAUUAUGCAACAUGAAUAACUCAAACACACCGAAAUGCCAAAGAAAACAAUUGAGCACAAAGUACAGUAAAAAUCUUACAUUGUAAAAAAUGAUGAACAUGAAGUUUGUAUUACUUUUUAUUUAAAAUGUAUAAUUCUUUUUUUUAUUAUUUCAUUGUGUUAACAUAUAUUGUGUUUACAGUGUGUUCUAUAUGUAUUUGGUAAAUGUGGUUGGUUAUAUAUAGUGUUUUAUUAUUUAGGCUUCAAUAAAACCCAAACAUAUAAGAGCCUGGAGAUUAAAAUAUCAGUUAAAAUGACUGGAUGUUUAAAUAUGGCAAAUCUACCAGACUGAACAUGCAGUUAGUGUGGAUCGUGAAAUGUUAGCAAGGAUGGUAUAAAGAAAUAAACUACUUAUUAUAAUACAGCAAGAUGAGAGAGAGACC